AUGGAUGGAGAAAUCGAAGAUUAUUUGUUAUCGUUCCACAAAACAGACCUAUUACAAAUCCUAGAAAAUGAUGAUACAUCAAAACACUUUUCAUUGAAUAUAAAUUUCAUCUUGCUUUACGAACAUAAACCAGAUUCAGUAGUGAAAUUACUGAAUGAGCCAGAAAAAUGUUUGGUUGAAUGGGACAAAGCUGCUUUAAGAUCUCAAAUGGUUUUGCUGAAAGAUGCAGACAUGAAAUGCCAAUUGAAGAAUCACGUCCACUGUCGAAUUUUUCACUUGCCGUAUUGGCCUGCAGUCAGGAGAACAACUUUUCCUGGAAAUAGAGAUGUUGGGAAAUUUUUUCAACUUUCAGGUACUGUGAUGCGUGUUACAUCUCCAAAACUCCUGGAAUUUCAACGCAGUUACAUUUGUGUAAAAUGUAAAACCCCAGUAGAAGUGACAGCAGAAUAUGACAGAAAAUACAUGAUAACACAACCUACAGAAUGUGAAAAUGAUUGUGGAGGAAAGAAUUUCGUGAAUUUCGGCGGUUUGGACAGUGAAAAUUGCAGAGACUACCAAGAAAUAAAGAUACAAGAACAAGUGAAACAAUUAGGAAUGGGGUCGAUGCCUGAUGUAAUGUUGGUCACCCUUGAAGACGAUUUGGUGGAUUUUUGCAAACCAGGCGAUAACGUGACAAUAUGUGGCGUACUCAAGCGUAGAUGGGGCGAAUUCGUGAAAGGCAAACUGAUAGAGAUCGACUUGUCGUUCAAGGCCAAUCACGUGCAAGUCGACAACAGCAGCGCAUCCAUGACGGUUUCCACACCGGAAGUCAGACAAAUGUUCGGCGACUUCUGGGAGAAAUACAAGGGGAACCCGCUGGAAGGGCGGGACGUGAUUUUGAAGUCGUUUUGUACGCAAUUGUACGGCCUCUAUUUGGUGAAACUGGCCAUGGCCGUGGUGUUGGCCGGCGGCGGCCAAUCUGCGCCUGCGCCGGCCACCGGCGAAUCGACUUCGGCCGCCUUCCGCACCCGAUCUGAAUCCCAUUUGCUAAUGGUCGGAGAUCCGGGCACAGGCAAGUCGCAGCUGCUCAGGUUCGCCACCAAAAUCAUCCCUCGCUCAGUGUUGACCACCGGGGUUGGAUCUACAGCGGCAGGGUUGACUGUAACCGCUACCAUGGAACAAGGCGAAUGGCACCUGGAAGGUGGCGCUUUGGUGAUGGCCGAUGGUGGAAUUUGCUGUAUUGACGAAUUCAAUUCGAUGAAGGAGCACGACCGAACCACCAUUCACGAGGCCAUGGAACAACAAACCAUCAGUGUUGCCAAGGCCGGCAUUGUCGCCAAACUGAACACGCGUUGUUCGAUUUUAGCAGCUUGCAACCCAAAAGGUAACAUCGACCCAUCGCAAUCGGUAGCCAUGAACGUCGCGUUGCCCAGCCCGUUGCUGAGCCGCUUCGAUCUGAUCCUGAUGCUCAGAGACGUGGUCGACGACGAAUGGGACGAAAGGGUAGCCGACUACAUUCUCAACGGCGGACACGAAUUCUCCAAGUUGACCGACAGCGGUCUGUGGACUGUGGAUGUCUUACAAUCGUAUUUUGUUACGAUCAAGAAACUAGACCCCAAACUGACAGAAGACGCAGAAACCAUUCUUGGCGCGUAUUAUCAAAUGCAGAGAGGGAUCGACAGUAGAAACAAAGCCAGAACUACGGUGCGUUUAUUGGAGAGUUUAGUGAGGUUAUCUCGAGGUCACGCCAGGCUGAUGUUUCACGAAAAAAUCGAGGUGGUGGACAGCAUUUACGCCAUAAUAUUGUCGGAUAUCGCGAUGGAUCGCGAUUCCGCCAUACUGAAUUUGAACAUCACCAUGAAUAGUGUGUUUCCCGAAAGGCCUAUGGUCGAUUACAAAACGAUGUUGGAGGCCAUUUUGACUAGAUUGCAGUUGACGGAGAUACUCGAGAGGGAACUAAAGGCGAUUCCUAAGAUUAAUUACGGUACUGUUCAGUCUAGAUUUUUCCACGGAAAUCCGAAUAGUGAAAACAUAGACCCUAUUGUUGUGCCUGAAGAACAUCAGCAAAUCGAAUCUAACGAAUUUGCCAACUUGUCAAUCACUGAUAAUAUGCCACAUAAUUCAAAUGGAGUAUUGAAUAUAACUAAAACCAGUAUACCAGACGAAGGCUAUGACACAGCUUCCAAACCUGGACCUAGUGUUCUCAAAACGAAAUCAAACAAUGAAAUCAACCACUCUGAUUCGUCGAACUUACAUUUAAAUGAUGAUCUCAAUGAAGAAAACUCUCGAAACUUAGAAGUCCACAUAAGAAAGAACCAAUCAGACGCUUCUAAUUCUAGGCUGAAGGAAACUGAUGAAAAUGCACCACUGGGCAUUUCAAGGCCUUCACAAGAUUUUUUGGAAGGUAGAAAAACUACAAAAAAACUAAAUGUGGAAGGCAAAGGCGAAAAGACAAAAAAUACUGAGAAGAUCCAGAAACAAAGCAAACCGAAUAUUUUCGAUACUGACAUCGAUGAUGGCUGUGAUGAAGAAGAUUCAUUCAUUGGACUCAAUCAUAUUGAUCAAAACCACAAGAACAAAUUAGAAUCUGGGCUCACUAGGAAAAAAUCGGAGUUCAUUGGAGCUGAAACAAAUGGAGCUGUGAAGGAUAACACAGUUGAUAUUUCAGAGCCUUCACAAGAUCGUUUGAAAAAUACAAACAAAGACCAUUAUGGGAGCAAGAGUCCACUAGAAGAUGACGUAGCAUCGAGAAGUACCAACACUAAAACUAGUCACGAUAUCUCUGCAGAACCUGGACCUAGUGGUGUGAAAUCAAAUAUCAGAAAGCAGCAGAGUAAAGUGAAUAGUUUCGAUGUGGACAUCGAUUUCGGCUGUGAUGAAAUGAAUUCGCUCAGUUUCGAAAUGGACAAUUCGUUCAGUGGAAAAGACCACAACCAGAAGGGCAACUCGGUAUCUGUUGAUCCAGAGUUACCUAAGAAGAGACCAAAGCUGGAUGAUAUUGAAAGUAUUGUGACUGAAAAGAAGAGGCCAAGGAAUGACAAAUUGAAGAAAUUCGAAUUUGUGCGUCGUCAUAAGUCUGUAGAUCCACCAGUACAAGAUCCAGUCGCUUGUUCUGGUAACCUCGUUGGAAAUGAAGAAAAAUCAGAAAAAGGAAGCCGAACCAACUCUGCCGACUUCAUUCAGAACGAUUUGCAAAUGCUGAAAUACAUGCCGGGAAUCAACGAUGAUUUCGGCAUCGAUUUGGAUUUCGAUUGGGAUAAUUUCGAUGGUAAAUCUAUGGAGAAAAAAAGCGACCAAUUCUCAACUUCUCAUUCCACUGGAAGUUUUGAGAAAAAUCAACGACUUAGUCAAACUUCAAAUAUGUUCGAGUCUGAAGAUAAUCUCGAAACUACUGAUCUAGAAAUCUGA